UUCACAACACAAAUAAGUUAUUUGAGAAUAACAUUAAAUUAAAAAAAAAAAAAUUAAAAAUGUCUAUUAAAUUAAAAAUUGUUCUGUUUUUUGUGGCUAUCUGCGCUUUUACGACCCCAGCAUCAGCGUCCAGCGUGCAACUGCCAGCUGUCUAUCCCCUCGUGAACGUCCUACUACCCCUCCUCAACAACGUUUACAACCUCCUCCUAUCCCUCUUGUCAAUAUUCGACACCCUCCCGCCAUCAAUCACUUGCAUGAUCCCCGUCGACUUGGGUGCUUUGGAGACGUCAUUGCUAAAACUAUACUCCCAAGCUCUGGCUAUAGUGAACUUCUUAAGGUCAUUACCGGAAUAUGCUGUCGGGGCAAAUCCGUCUUCGCCUCCGUCAAACAUAUUGAAUAUCCAGGGUUUGCUCACUACUUUGAUAACGACAGUGACUGAUUUGACGGACGAUGUGCUGAUAGGUAUUGGUGGAGGGCUGCUUCCAGGUCUUCUGCAGCUGGUGGUCAUGGUGAUCCAGGCCCUGGCCGCUUUGUUACUGUAG